AUGCCAGAAGCUCAAGAAAACCACGGCUCAAAGCCAGAGGGUGGCACUACACAGCCCAAGAGGCUGCGGCCGAGAAAGAGAAAUGGGGCCACAAAAUCGUCAAAAACGUCAGAGGCCAAUUCCAACUCGAAGGAACGAAACGGCCUGAAACCUCCAAAACGUUCCUUGAAGCAAGCAAAGAAACCAAAGGUGAGAGACCCGGCAAAGGACUACAAGUACCUCGAAGUAAAGAAGCUCAUUCGUUUUAUCGAGCCACUCACGGUCAAUGGAAUUCCGCCUGAAAUUAUCCAGAAACGAGCUCAAGCGGAUGAAAACAUAAACAAGGAGUCAUCUCAAAACUACGUGGAAGACUACAUCUUGAAAUUCAUCACAUCGCAGCCAGAUCAACCAAUCCAUCUUUCUUUUCAAUUCGCACCUUCAGACCCCGAUUUUCCAUACAAUGUAGAAAUGGUCAAAAUUAGUCUCAGCAUACCCCCAAAGUAUCCCUACUCCAAGGAGGCACGUUCCUCCAUAUACGUGUUGAACGACGACAUUCCAAGAGGAUUUGCGGUGAAUUUGGAGAUUGGGUUCAGAAGAAUUGCAGCCGCGGCCAUGGGUGUUGAAGAUGAAGAAAUUCAGCUCGUCGAAGGAAAAGGUCUCUUGUCACAAAUCAAGACACUCGACAAGUAUUUGGAGCUUUUUUUGAAACAAGAGAAGAAGGAAACUAUCAAAUUCGUCAAGAGUAAGAAACGAGAAAAGAGUAGUAGUCCUUCAGUAGAACCUACUCCGUCAGCCCAGAAACAAACCCAAAAGCCGGAGUCUAAGCCAUUGGAGUCUGAACCUGUGGACAACUUGUCCGUGGCUUCUGUUUCCUCUGUCUCCUCUGAAGUUGCCAAAGAACGGGCCCGACUUAUACAAGAAAUGAACGACAAAUUUGGACGAGAAACGGUGAAAGUUUUCAAGAAAUCGGCUCUAGAGAACAAGUACAAAGUCAUUCUUCCAAUACCUAUGCAAAAGGACCAUAUUCCUUCGGCGUGGCAGAAACAUGGAAAGGUAGAGGUGUUUCUACAUGUUCCUAGCGACUACCCCAAGCAUGAAGCUACUUUGCUGAUGCCGCCUAACUUUACCAAAAACCUACUUAUAAGCUACAAAGACAUCCACGAAGCCAACAAGAUUCACAAGCAAGUUUUGGCUGUGGAAAAGAAUAUUGAACGAAACUAUCGUAAUGCUGGAGACUGUGGACCGCAGCAAAAAACUUUGAUAUGUGUGAUCAACUGGUUAUAUGUUCAUCUUGGGUAUUUAUGCAUGGAUCCGGUAGAUUUCGACGAGUGGAGAAGAUGUGUUGGAAAGGAGAGAGGGGAAGGAAGUCAAGCCUUAAGGGCGAUAGUUGUAUAA